AGAGACCUUAUGUUUAGGGUUUUGGGGUCUGUUUAUCCGUUUUUCAUUUCUUUUUUUAAUGCGAUGUGUUGAUAACAUCCAGUUGGUUUCAACCAAACUUGGAUCAAUUCUGUAUAAGGGAUUACUUUUGGUUGCAAGAGGUUUACUAUCCAAGGUCAAUGGGUCAUAAAAGAGUUUAUAUUUUAUAAGUGUCAGAAAACUAUCCCAUUGGCUUGAUACAUGUAGCAUUGGAACCAUAGACAGUCAUUUUUCACCGUACUGAUCAAAUUUUCUUGAAAGUCUUUGUUCACAAAUGUUACUCAUAUUAGAGCAAAUAUAAUGGCUGAAGUAUCUCACUGUUUACUACCAGUUAGAUAGAAAGGUAGAGAGUAAACUGAUCAAUCGUUGAGGACAUCCGGGUUUGUGGGAAAAAUAAGUAGGCCUAGUUGUAUAAAUCUAAUUCUAAAUUAUUCAUGUUUUUUCACUAGACCUGUCAAUGCUUCAACACAAACAUCAUCUGCUUAUCCUGCCACCCAUGGAGUGAGAGUACCUAUGUCCAUUGAAAGUUUGCCCUUCUUCAAUUCCCCUCUUGUUCCCAGGUGUGGCGUCAGGAAAAUUCAGGACGAUGGCAAACUCCAGGACCAUGGCAAACUCCAGGACCAUGUUGACAGUUCCUCAGCUGGAGAACGUUCUGUCAUGUCACAGUCAGGAGUGGAGAAAAUGUCAGACUCCGAUGCAGAUGAACCCUCAGUGCGAAUCAUGGCGGACAAGAAGACCAAAGUGAUCAAGAGAGAGAUCGAAGGGGAACCUCAACAAUCAGAGGAACCAUACAAGACCUACAUUGUGAAAGAAGAAGACUUUGCAGAUGACUUGGAAGAUGACUGGAUAGAGAAUAAUGCCAAAGAGGUAUCGGAAGAGCCACAAUCCCCAGACACAGCUGAAAGGUGUUUGGUUAAGGAAGACCACUUGAAAGAAGGUCAGCAAAGAGAAGAAAUUCAGAGACGAUUUCAUACUGAUUCCGUGCAGGAAGCAGAUUCAAAAGAUGGUUGGACAGAGGAUUAUAAUGCUAAGGAGACGGAGGCCCAACAAUCGAAAGAAGCUGACCACCAGACUUUCACAUACUUUAUAAAGGAAGAACCUGUGGAUAGUGACAGUGCAGAUGAUGAUGAAGGGACCGCUCUGCAGGCAACAUCACAAUCAUGUAGCAAACAAGGUGGGGAUUUAAGAAUGCAGAGCUCCCAUCAAAGUAUGAGGAACACUCAGGAAAUGUCACGUGAUAGAUCAUGUGACGGUGCAAGACAUCUUCCAGAGGAUUUCCCAUUACAAGCUAUCUUAGGAACUCGAUCUGAUUCAUCUGAAAGAAAGAGUUGCCCAAGUGAGUAUGACUCUUAUCUCAUACCAAGCCAAGUGCCUUAUUUUCAUGAAAAACGAGCAGCUGACAAGGAGACAACGGAUGCUACCACGUCAUCUCAUAAAAAUGGAGGAAUGGAUAUAGAUAGGAAUGCAGACAUCACGAUGGAAUAUGAUGAGAUGAUCAAUCAGUCUUCCAAGCCUCGUGCAACAGGAAGCAAUCAAAAUGAUCCUAGCUGCAGCCUAACUGAAGAAAAACCCUUUCUCUGUUGUGUCUGUAGCAAAGGAUUUACAAUCAGGAAAAGUUUGUCUAGACACAUGAAAACCCAUGGAGGAGAAAAGCCCCAUGAGUGUACGUUUUGCAGCAAGAGAUUUCUGUACGGGAAUGGUCUAAAGAGACACCUGAGAAUCCAUACAGGUGAAAAGCCUUAUCGGUGUACAGUGUGUGACAAAGGCUUUCAUGCAAGUGGUAAUCUUGCGCAACAUAUGACAAUUCAUUCAGGAAAAAAGCGAGAAAACCGAUAUCAGUGUAAAUUUUGUGAUAAGAAGUACUCCCGGAGUAAUGGUCUGGAUGAGCACUUGAGAACCCAUACAGGAGAAAAGCCAUAUCAGUGUAUGUACUGCGAUAUGAGAUUUACUCGUGUUAAUACACUCUCAAUGCACAUAAGAUCCCAUACAGGGGAAAAGCCUUAUGAGUGUUCUUUUUGUAAGAAAACGUUUUCCCGUAACUUUCACUUAUUAAGGCACAUAAAAAUCCACACAGGAGAAAAGCCCUCUGAGUAUUCUGUAAAGAGUAGGCCUACCGAAGCUGUGACAUCAUAA